AUGGAGACAGUCUUAAAGGAAGCUAAAUCUGCCGCAUCAGAUGACUCGGCAGCACCUGACACGAGGGGUGCAGAAAGCGGUCAAGGGACGGACGUAUGUGGAGCUGAGGGUCGUGGCGCUCGUCCUAAAAGGCAGACAGAGAAGGGGAGAUUAUUCUCCAUUGAAACUAAAAAGAAAAGAAGAAAUAAGACGUUCAGCAAGGUAGACAGCAGGACGGAGCGAAUGAAAAAACUUCUAGCUGAACAUGUAGAGUAUGGUGCUAUGAAAGAUGAGUACAGCCAAUGGAUGGCAAGCUAUGAAGAGUUUUUCAACGCUCACGACGAAUAUUGUGCCCUGCUGGAUGAUGAAGAACGAGAUAAUUAUUACGAAGAAUGGUUUAAUGAAAGGGACCAGUGCCUACGAUCGUUUAAGUCUACAGUUGAAGAUUGGUUCAGUCGCAGGAAAAAGAAUGUUCGGCUGAAACAGUCGAGUGGGCAUUUCAGAGAGGACGACAACCAAUCCAUUAUCAGUGGGAUAUCGUCAGUAAGGUCUAGGCGGUCAAAGGCCAGCUGCAGCGCAUCACUCGCCAAUUCCGUAUCAUCUGCUAGGGUGUUAGCUGAACAAAAGAGAGCGGAACUACUAGCGAGGGUCUCCAUGUCAAAGAAGAGACAAGCUUUGGAGCAGGCGAAACUGCAGCUGAAGUUUGAUGAAGAGGAGUUGGAGCUUGCUGCAGGGAUUGCUAUAGAAGAAGCAAAAUGUGCCGCACUUAAUCGCCUGGAAAUCGCAGACAAUGCUAGCGUUCAGCAGUCAAUGCCGGCCUUGAACCCGAAUGCUCCGCAGUUUGCUUCAGUUAUGCACAGGCAUUUACAGAAACCAGCCUCUGAAAUUAAACGGUUUGAUGGCAAUCUAAUGGAUUACCGCAAGUUCAUGAGACAAUUCAACAGCAAGGUGGUCCUCAACACAGAUACAGAUGAGGAAAGAAUGAAUUUCCUGGAGCAGUAUACGGGAGAAGAAGCCAACAGGAUAGUGUCUGGUUUCAGUCACCUGGACGCAAGGCAGGGAUAUCAGGCAGCUAUGAAAGAACUUGAAGAGCGAUAUGGCGAUGUGGAAGUGAUAGCUAAUGCAUUCAUUAGAAAAGCCCUGACAUGGCCUACGAUCAAAGCAGAUGACGCCAAGGCAUUGGGUGAUUUUUCCAUCUUCUUAACAGAGUGCGAGAAUGCCGUUCUAAGUAUAGAAGCUGUGAAAGUACUCGAGUACCCGGAUAAUAUGAGGAAACUCUUGAUGAAGUUGCCGUAUUACUUCCACGACAAAUGGCGAGGUAUCGUCCUACAGACAAAAGAAAACCACGGUGUUGUAAAGUUCCACCAGUUGGUACAGCUCGUAAAACAGGAGGCAAAGAAAGCAAAUGAUCCCAUGUAUGGGAAGGCUGCACUUAACGAGGCGCACCAUAGAAAUUACAGUAAUUAUAGCGAAGCAUGCCGCAGCCAGAAAACGUCUAGUUCUGCACGCUCGAGAGCAAGCUUUGCUACUAAUAUCACUGAUGUAUACACAGCUAAAGGAAGUUCCUUCAACAGUCCGUGCACUUACUGUGGGGCUGACCAGCAUGUUCUUGAAUCUUGCCAGCAGUUGGUCAUGCUGCCGUCACGAGAAAGAAUAGAUUUUCUAAGGUCAAAGGGUCUCUGUUUUGGAUGUCUUAAGCCUGGACAUCAACGGAGGGAAUGUCGGAUGAUAGCAUCGUGCUCGCAUUGCAAUGGACGUCAUCCGAGUGUGCUGCAUACUUCCUGGACACGACCACCGGUGGAUAAGGUAGCCAUUCGACCCAAUGGCAAGGUGAAGGUAGAGAGAAAGGAUGUGGUAGGAGCGUACGUUGCUGCAAAUGCCUGUAAUCGUCGUAUAACCGGUGAAGGAGAGUGUACCAUGGCAGUUAUACCAGUGAGAGUGAAAAUGAAGAAUGGCUUGAAAUCGGUUGAUACGUAUGCUUUCCUGGACCCGGGCAGUAGCGUUACGUUUUGUACUGAAGACCUGUUACGUGAGAUCGGCGGUAGUGGAAGAAAGAUGAAGAUAACUCUGGACACGAUGGGCGUGCCUCAUACGAUGUCUACAUAUACUGUAAAAGGCAUUGAAGUCUGUGACCUGCAAGCAGAGUUUGAAGUAUGCUUGCCUAAGACAUAUACGAAUGUUAGAAUGCCCGUGUCUAAGUGUCACAUUCCUACUCAAGUGGACAUAGCGCAUUGGCCGCACCUGAAAGGUAUAAACCUUCCUGAGAUUCAGGGCGAAAUCGGAUUACUCAUAGGAAACAAUGUUCCUGAUGCUUACACUCCACUGGAAAUAAGAACAGGUCCUUCUGGCAGUCCACAUGCAACGAAGACACGUCUAGGCUGGGUUGUGUGGAAUGUAGUGCGUGGAGUAGAUGUCACAGCAGUCAGUGAACACCCUAACCGGUUCCUGGUCAACAGAGUCGAAGUUAUACGAGAGAUGGAUGAGAUGAAGAAGCUUGAUCAUCUCGUUAGAAGCUCGAUCAAUUUUGACUUUCCUGAAAGUAUAACUGAUGAUAAGAAAGAAGACUCGCAAGAAGAUAAGAGGUUCAGAGAAAAGGUUAGCAGCUCAAUUAGACUAGUGGAUGGCCAUUAUGAGAUCCGCUUGCCAUUUCGUAAAGAUGACGAAGUCCUGCCGAACAAUAGAGCUCAAGCAAUGCAGCGGCUUAAGAGCCUAAAGAAGAAAUUGGAGAAGGACAUGCAGUUCCAAUCUGACUACAAAGAUUUCAUGUCCUCCAUUCUUGAGAAGGGCUAUGCAGAGAAGGUACCUGAAGGGGAGCUGCACAAGAAUGAUGGAAGAGAGUGGUAUAUACCCCACCAUGGUGUAUACCACCCCAAAAAGCCAGGGAAAAUUCGAGUUGUCUUCGACUGCACUGCUACACACCAAGGGGUAUCACUUAACAGUCGACUGUUACAGGGUCCUGAUCUGACCAAUAGCCUGAUUGGAGUCUUGCUCCGUUUUAGACAAGAAAAAGUUGCUGUAAUGGCUGAUAUUGAAGCCAUGUUCUACCAAGUUAAAGUGUCCACGGAAGAUACAAACGCUACCAAUUCAGUUAAAGCUAAGUCUGACUAUAGAGGGAGACUCACGCAUGUAAUCACAUGA